AUGAGAUACUACCGCGGGGAUGACUACGAUUCCGACGUUGCUGGUGAAAAUAAUUUAGAAGAAUUGAAAACCAUGCGUAAAAAGCUAAAUUGGGAGAUCGAAGGAGAGAGAUAUAAAUUUUUGCGUGAGUUUAUCUCUUUAAGCGUCGGAUGGUAUCGUUCUAGACCAAAUCUCGAAGAAAUGUUUCGGCCAGAAGAAAUCGAUUGGAUACUAAUGGAGUCAGUGAAGAGCAUAAAUGACGACCACAUAAAUAACAAGCAAAUUAAUUUUGUACCUACUUUUAUCGAGUUUGUGGCCAAUAGCCACUACAAAGACAAGCCUGACGUUGAUGGAAACGACAAACCAUCGUCGCGUCGCACCACUGCAUUACAUUGCGCGGUUAGAUUGCCCGGUUACUCUUCCCUCGUCAAGAAUCUAUUUAAAAUAUACGACAGAUUCGACGUCAAUUAUACCGACGAGUUAGGUCUAACUCAUUUACACGUGGCCUGUAAGUAUGGCUGUGAAGAAAUCGUAGCGAAAUUUCUCGAGUUCGGGCAUGAUCCUAAUUGCCUUGAACAGAAAAAAGCCGAUUCGCCAUUACACUACGCUCUGCGCUGGGGAAACAAGGAGGUGACCGAGUUGCUGCUGAGACAUGGUGCAGACCCGAUUUCAGUUAACAAUGAUGGAUUGACACCUCUGCACUUUCUUUGUCUUCGAAAAGACGACGAUGACUCGGCGAAGAUAUUCUUCGAGAUAAACGACGCAAAUCAUCAAACAGUGCCGCUCGACGUCGUGGACAAUUUGGGUCGGACACCUCUGCAUAUGGCUGUGGCCAGUCUCUUGCCCGGAACUGUCGAUAUGCUCUUGAAUCGUGGUGCCGACAUGUCUAGCUUUGUUUUCCCCACUGAGAUAGAGAGUUACUUUGUCGAGAAAUAUAACUCGAAAGGUGAUCUUUGGAGUGAUUUAAAACUGACUCUAGCUUGCCGCGCUCUCGCCGUCGUCGACCGUCUCGAAAAAAGAGGAUACCAAUUGGAUCGAAGCGAUGCCUUAACGAUCGUGAAAUUUUUCGCCAAGCAUGAAAUUUUUAAUAAGUCAGCCGAUCUUGAUUAUUAUUUGCGUUGUAGGCAAGGAUUCGUUGUCGGGUUAAAAGAAUUGAUGUUGACUCCGAGCUUGUCGCUUCAUGACCUAAUAUUCCGGUCACAUCCCAAAGAGGAGGAAAAAUUACUCACGUAUUCGGACUACUCAAAAUUCGAGAACUCGCAUGAAUUUCGGAGUAACCGUGAAGAAUUUCGUCAGGCGUGUACUGCGCGUCUGUGCGAGAUAAUUUCAAGACGAUUUUUUCGUCAGUGGGCCCUGGAACCUCUGCUGGAGCUGACGCGCCACUACCACCUGCCGAUUCUAUGCUGUGAAAUUAUCAUCAAAAAGCUGAAGAGCGAGGAUUUGAUGAGACUGUGCCUAGCCGCCGACAUCGAUGCAGUAGAGGACAGUCAAGCACGUGAUGUUCGUGACGAAGGCAACGAGCUCGAGGAAUUACAUAAUACAUUUUUUGAAGAUUGUGUAAAAAGUUUAGAUGGACUAAUGUUGCAAUAUUUUCAUCGGUUUGAAUAA